UUUAAAAAAAAAACUGCUACAUAAUUUCACUUUUAAUACUAAAAUGACAAAGGAAACCCUAUUAAUUCUUCUACUACAUUUAUCCAUAUUAACUUUUUACAUUUAUUCUUUAAAACAAUCAGCAGCGAUACGAAAAACUGUAGACAUCAGCAAAUUGGUAAAUGAGUUGAAACAAUUAGGACCAAGAUUUGAAAAUGUAACCAAUGAAAAAGCUGAAAAAUAUGUAAAAGAAGGCAAAUAUGUGGGACUCUUAUUUUUCACUACAUGGACGUUUAUUCUUCAAAUACUAUUCUUAUUGUUAGCAGUCUCAGACGAAACAUCCAAAUUGGCGAACUUAAAAUCAAUACAAAAAUCAAUUGAAAAGAUUAGACAUUAUUUAUUUUCCACAUUACUUCUACCUUCUACGCUUAUAGUAAUAUCAGUCUUUUGGUCCAUUUGGCAUAUAGACAGAGAACUCAUUUUCCCCAAAGUCAUUGACAAUUUUUAUCCUUCAUGGCUCAACCAUACACUUCACACCUUCAUAGCGGUACCAAUAAUAAUAGAGAUGUUUAUACAAUUUAAAAAUCAACAAUUUGAAGUUUCACGGACCCUAUGUAUGAUCGGAUUAACAAUAUAUUGUAGUGUUUAUCAAUUUUUGUAUCUAUCAGUUUAUUUUAAACAUGGAAUUUGGCUGUAUCCUAUUUACAACGUAUUAAAUUGGACUCAAAGAGUAAUUUUUCUAUUAGCCCAGUACUCAAUAGGACUUAUUUGUCAGCAAAUUGCCAUUACUAUUCUAUCAAAGAAAAAUAUUAAAACAAAAACAACAUAAUAUUUAAUUAAUAAAUGUAUUGUCUUUCUUAUUAACUAGAAUUUUCUUCUCUUAAGAAUAUCUGGCUUCCAAUUGAUUGGAUGCGUUUCUUCUGUAGCAGUAAGAUCCUCUUUGUAAAUUUUGAUAGUCUUAUCAGCUUCAGUUGUAAUCAAUCUAGAUCCGGAGUUGUCAAAAGUCAUUGAAAAUAUACCAGCCUCACUGUCCAUUGAACCGGGCUGCACUGGAGCUUGCAAUCUUUGAAAAUUAUAACCCGUACGCCAAUCCCAAAAAUGUAAAGUUCCAUUAUCUCCACCAGAAACUAGCACACUAUCAGCGUUUACAGCUAAACAAUUAAUAAUGGCAUUAUGACCGGAAAGGUUUUGGAUAAAUUUACCAUCAGGACAUUUCCAUUGUUUGAUAUUGUCUGGAGAACCAGAUGCAAAC